AUGACCGUGAGCGCCAAGGACGCGACCGACAAGCCGAGCAUCGACGAGUUCGUGCAGGGCAAGCCUCUGGGCGAGGGCAACUUCUCGCGCAUCGUCGAGGCCAAGCACAAGGCCACGGGUGAGCAGUUCGCGCUCAAGGUGAUCGAGAAGCAGCGCAUCAAGCGGCUGCGGCUGCGCCACCAGAACAUCUUCAAUGAGAUCAACAUGGAGAAGGACGUGCUCAAUCGACUGCGCCACCCGAACAUCAUCCGACUGUACCAGACCUUCCAGGACGACAACAAUUUGUACUUCUUGCUGGAGCUGCUGGACGGCGGAGAACUGCUCACGCACCUGCUGCACGAAGGUCGACAGCUUCCGCUGGACGAAGAUUUGGCACGCUUCUACCUGGCAGACGUCGUGAAUGCCGUUGAGUACAUGCACGCAAACCAGGCGCUGCACCGUGACUUGAAGCCGGAGAACAUGGUGGUUUGCAAGGAUUCGGGCGGGCACCUGAAGCUCAUUGACUUCGGCACAGCCAAGAACUUCGCGGAUACGACGCUGAACGGACCGAACUUCGUCGGCACGCCAGAGUACAUGCCCCCGGAGACAAUCGACAACAAGGAGCCAACCUACGCAAGCGACAUGUGGGCCUUCGGCUGCAUCGUCUACCAGCUUCUGACAGGAGAGACUCCGUUCAGUGGCGGCAGCGCCUAUCUCACCUUCCUGCGCGUCCAAGAUGGAAGUUACUACGUGCCGGAGUAUCUUUCAGACGAAGCCAAGGAUUUAAUCACCAAGUUGCUGCAAAAAGACCCAGAGGCUCGUCUUGGAGGCACGCAAGCCUCUGCCAUGAGUGCUGUCAAAGCACACCCAUUCUUCAAGGGCAUUGAUUUCGAACAUCACAUGCAAGCAAAGCAGCCUGCAUCUCAAUUUUGCGGGUCUGAGCUGCUACCACUGGUAACAAGCCUCUCCGCUGUGGAAAAGGCCCGCAACAUCCACCACCCUCUGGACUUCUCUGGCGAAGCACUGCAGGACCAAAUUGAGGCUCUUUCGGCACGCGACAGAAGCAUACUUAUGCACAUUCUUCGACGCAAGCAAAUAGUGCACUUACCAGGGAUGUACCCUCGCUUCUUCAGCUCAGUUAGCCGUGGCCGGUGCUUAUACGCCCGCAACGGAGGAUAUGUGGGUUUCACUCACGAUCUACAAAAUCAAUGGAGCGACAACUUCUCCUUCAUGCAGCUAUCUGGACCCAAGCUUGGUCAGGCUGCAGCUAGAGUGGAAAACGACAACAGGGGAGGAUCUACGUGGGAAACAGAAUCAGCGGCAUUCCUUGAAGCGGUUGGCGUUCUAAACUCCCAGCGACCAGCUUUCGUUGUGAUCUGCGGAGAUUUUGUCAACGCCAAGCCUUCUCAAGAGUUCUACAGCGCCCAAGUUGUAGCCUUCCAGGAACUACUUAAUCGAAUCAUCCCCCAAGUUCGGCUGAUUUUCGCCGCUGGGUCUGGCGAGUUUGAAACCCAAGAUGGGCUUACCAAGUAUCAAGAAAACUUUGGUGACGCUCGAUUCAGCUUUUGGUUCGGAGGGAUCAAGUGUAUCGUGCCAAACACGACCAUACUCUGUCGCGAAACAGACUUUUCGGAGGAGGUAGCAGCACAGGCAGACUGGAUGAGCAAGGAACUCGAGAACGGAAAACUGUGUGCUCGCGGCACCGUGGUCAUUUCUGGACAUUCGCUAAGCCCAACUGUGCCAUCCAAUGGUACAGCAGCCAGCAAUAACGAAGCUGGUAACUCGUGCGUAAAAGUACCCAAACAGCUCCGGUCCAAGUAUUGGGAUAUGAUUCGAAAUGGUCAGGUGUGCCUUGUGGUGAGUGGAGGGUCAACAUCCAAUACCGUGUCCAGUGUCGUGACGAAAGCUGCUGAAGAAGAGGCGGAUGAGUACAAGUGCGAAAUUGUUGUAUGCAAGGCUCCGUGGGGAGGAUCGUCGAGUCUCAUUCACCACACGGAGGUGUCCCAAGCUGGCGUUGUUACCAAGGCAUUUCACGUGGAAAACUCCAGUGCAAGCGUUAGCCCAAGCACCACCGAAGCAGCAGACGCGGGAACCAAGCACAGCUCACUCACCCCUGAGGAAGAAGGCCAAGAAACAGUGUUAGCUGCAGAGAUGGUGACCCUCAGCGUCAACUCGGCACGCGUUGAAGAAUGA